ACUUCAUGAACAUCAACAACGCUUUUCUGAACACUAUAAACAACAGAAUAUUACUACAGUCAUUGUAAGAGUGAACACAGCUGAUCUUUACUCGCAGUGAUGUCAUCCUCCAGUGAUCCAAUGACUGAGAGGCUUCUGUGUUGUGUCUGUAUGGACAUAUUAAAUGAUCCAGUCAGCACUCCAUGUGGACACAACUUCUGUAAAACAUGCCUGAAUUUAUGUUGGGACAACAGUCAAGACUGCAGAUGUCCAAACUGUAAUGAAACAUUCAAGCAGAGACCUGAUCUCAAGAUUAAUACAACACUCAGAGACGUUGUGGAUGAACAUAAGAAGAAAUGUCAUGAAGAACAAGCUGAAGUUGUGUGUGACAUCUGUAGUGAAGGAAAGCUGAAGGCUGUGAAGUCGUGUCUGGUGUGUCAGAGCUCUUACUGUGAAACUCACCUGGAGCCUCAUUUGAGAGUGUCAGGAUUACAGAAACACAAACUGAUUGAUCCUGUGAAGAAUCUGCAGGAUUAUAUAUGUCAGAAACAUGACAGACCUCUGGAGCUCUUCUGUAGAGAUGAUCACACAUNCUGGAAGGAUAUAAGAUGUGAAAGAUGUAAUGUUUUAUUGUCAUGUGUCUGUACAGUGUUGAAGUGGAUGCAGCAGUAUGCAGUGGAUGUGACUCUGGAUCCUCAUACAGCAAAUCCAUAUCUCAUUCUGUCUGAUGAUGAGAAACAAGUGAGAACUGGAGACAUGGAACAUAAACUCCCAGACAACCCAAAGAGAUUUGAUACAUGUGUAAAUGUCCUGGGAAAGGAGGGAUUCUCAUCAGGGAGAUUUUAUUAUGAGGUUCAGGUGAAGGGAAAGACUAAAUGGGAUUUAGGAGUGGUCAGAGAAUCUGUUGACAGGAAGGGAGAGAUCACACUGACACCAGAUGAUGGAUUCUGGACUGUGAUUCUAAGGAAUAAGAAUGAAUAUGACGCUCUCGCUGAUCCCUCUGUCUCUCUGUCUCUGAGUGUAAAGCCACAGAAGGUGGGUGUGUUUGUGGAUUAUGAGGAGGGUUUGGUCUCCUUUUAUGAUGUGGACAACAGAUCUCAUAUCUACUCUUACACUGAUCAAUCUUUCACUGAGAAACUCUAUCCAUAUUUUGGCCCAUGUUUGAAUGAUGAAGGUAAAAACUCAGAACCGUUGAUCAUCACACCUGUCGGUUUCAAAUUCUUAUAUGUACAAUAAUAGAUAAAAGGACACUUUCUAUAGCUUAAUAAUAAAAGGAUAACGUAGAAUUAGACACGUUUUUCUUUAUUUGCUCUCCAUUUUAAAAUAUACAAUAAAUGCAGAUUGCAUUAUAAAUGUAUUGUUAAAUGUAUAAAUGGAUUUUCUGCUGAUUUUCUGAUAUUUAACGAAUAUGUAAGACAUUUUUCUUAAACAUUUUAUUUACAUUAAAAUUAACCAAAUGAAUGGUAACGAUACUGUAUGUACCAUGCUCCUGUUUUAUUAUAUUUUUGGUAGCACUUUAUUUUACAGUCCAGUUUCCCAUCAACACACUGUGCACUUAUUACAGUAAAUAUAACAACUGGGUAGUAACAAGGUACUAACCCUGAACCUAAAACUAAACUUAAACAUGUAGUUACCUUAUACUACCCAGUACUUUCAUAGGUAUGUUCACUAUAUGUACACGUACUGUAAAAUAAAGUGCAACCAUAUUUUUAAUACACUGUAGUAUUUAUGUGAUACUCAAAACUAUUUUAUAGGAAUACAAUGAUGUUGGGAUGGUAGUGUCUAAAAGAACAGAAUAUACUUGUGAAAACUAAUCACAGGUCAGUUUUAUCUAAAUGCCAAAAGUCUGGGAGACUACAUAUCCCACAACACCAAGAUCAGGUUAACAUCUUGCCUUCAGAGAAAGUGAAUCUAAAUAUGAUUUUAUUGUAAAGUCUUAUCAAACAUGUAUAUCUUCCCAGAGCCUAUGUGAUCUUAUUUAUCUCAUCACAGGUGAAAAUGGAUAUGGUUUAAAACUGACCCUUAUGUUGCCUGAUUUUUUAUGGUUUUAUUGAGUAUUGAGUGAUUAUGUGGCUAUACUUUUGAUCAAAUAAUAUGCAAUGCUGGAUAUGAUUGACAAAUACUGCUUAUGCAAACAUAUAUUGAGGACUAAAUGUGAUUCAUGUGAGUAAUAUACCUUAUCUAUUACUUUGAAAUAUA